AUGGCAAAUCUCGGAAUCUUCCCUGGCCUGGGUCCAACCCGGGCUGAAUUCGACAACAACACUAUCUUGAACGCGCCAAACCCUGACCCUCUCCUGGGUUACGCCUAUGGACCCAUUCCCAACAAUAACCCUGGCUGGAAGCCAACUGCGUACACCACAGCGAUCGCUGCAGGCAAUCUGCGAUACGAUAUCAAGGCAGCAGAUAUCGCGGCCACCCCCCGCCAAACCCAGCUGUUGUUCUCAACAAGGAGAACACAGGUCUGUGAUAUCGUUAUCAGCCCUCCGUCCCAGAUGUGCGGUCUAGUCUUCCCGGAGGGACCUGCUCUGCGGCGUCACAUCCGCAAUGAGUAUUCCGGAGCCGUCGUCAACCCCAGCCGCCGAGCCAAGACUCAGCCGGAGAUCAUUGCGGGCCAGAACGCAAUCAGGCGUUGGGUCCUGGAGGGUGGCUGGCGGGAUGCUAGCUACCUGCAUAAGCCUGGACGCGGCCCUGAUAAUGGGAUGGUUGGACACUGGGCCUCCGCACUGGAGCGCAUCGCAGCUACCGAUGCACAGUUUGCCGUACAGUACGGCACUCGUUUCUACCGCUAG